AUGAGCAACCUCAACUAUCGGUUUCAUGCUGAUCGCCGCCAACUUGGUGGCAUGCUCAUGAUCACAGGGUUUUGCGCUGUCAUUCACCCCAUUGCCAACAUUGUCAAUUCCUUCGAUGCUGAUGGAACCCUCAACACGGAUCCGAGUACCAUUCCGUUCUGGGUUUUGACUGCCAUCAAUCAGCUUUGUUGGAUUCCAUAUAUUACUGAUAUGACCAAUCUGGGGAAAAUGGCCAGCAGUGAUCCCUCCAAACAAGGGUUGGUUCCAGCAGUGCAUAAUCCUACAGAGACUGAUGUCAAGUUUGUUGCCUCCAUCGGUGUGAUCGCCGUUGCGUGCUAUGGUUUUGCCUAUGUUGGAUCCCUCUCCUUCAUGGCAUUUGGUCUUCACUCACUCAACGCUAGAAAGUAUGAGCAACGUCCCUCAGGAUACUACAAAGGGCGUUUGACAUUUUACUCCCUUGUACUCACCGUUGGAGGAGGAGCACAGCUGGCAUUGGGUAUCUACGCAGCAAACAACUUUGGAACAGGAGUCUUGAAUGAUGGAAUUGGAACAGGAGCAUUGGGUGAAGGAACAAUCCGAGCUGCCAUGCUCAUAGUCAACUAUCCCCUUGUCUCUAUCUUUGUGGGUGCCAUACAGGUGUUUCAUGGCCUUUGGGGAAUUGCUCGUAGCUUUGGAAAGCACCGCGGUCCACGCGACAAUAAGUUUCAGCUGUACUUGGCAAUACAGUGGGUCCUUGUUCUUUGCUUCCAAGACAUCAUGCAACUUGCUUACUUUCCCGUGAAUGUGAUGACUCCCAUGGCAGCUGGAAUUGCAGCAGUUUCCUUUGGAAUCAAUAUGAUGCCAGCAUAUCUGGAUGCAAAAAUGCGACAUACCCCUGAGGAGAUCCCUGAAGGGUACUACAUUGAAGUUCCACAAAUGGAAGUUCCCUCUAUCCUUGACAUUGCACCUGUGAAAGCCACGCAGCAUGAAAGUGUAUCGCAGACCAAGCGGGAAACAUGGAGCGACGAGAGUGGAUCAUUGCAUGAAGAUGACAUGAUUUUAUAG